AUGGUCGUAGAUGCUUCGAGGUUCGAUCGUCGCCCGUCUGCGAUCUUACACCGUCGGCUGGCGCAGCCGUACCAUCGGCAUGCCUGGUCAGGACCACCAUCAGAUUCUAUCUACGCCGGUAUCACGACUUCUUUCUCCGAGCAGCAUGGCUCAACAAUUGCCAUCGCAAUCCGAGAUGCAACAUACCUACUAGACUUUAUUGAGAAAAAGUAUCAACCGAACGAGCACCAGCCAUGCGUCGACGAAGCUGUCGAGUUCAUCAUCUCCCAGCUCAAGACAUACGGGGAGAAACAUCUCGAAAAGAUCGUCGGUGCUGCGAUGCACAGGCACGUUGCAGGCUCCUGUCAGGAUCUCUGCUCUCGCUUGUGGGCCGAGCUUGAUAUUAUUCCCUUGGUAUUGCCAGGAUUGAGCUUGUUAGGCCGAUUUGCUUCGCGCGCGCAAGCGCAGCCGCGAUCUUGGGAGUCCAAGACGAUCGCUGAACAGGCCGAAUCAAUGGCACGUAAAUGUGUUAGGCUCUUUGGACCGGAGAACUUUCCCCUACUGCAAGUGAGUUCUAUGGGCCUCGUGGAGGUCGAUACCGACUUCCACGUGUGCUUGACGAAUCUCGAUGAUUUCAAGAAGACCGUUUCGGCGAAUACGUGGGAAGCUUGCAACUUUUAUGCCGCGGACCUCAAGAAGCGGAAUGUAAAAAUUGCCUUUUUCAGUGCAACGCCGCAAGGUGGAGGAGUGGCUUUGAUGAGGCAUGCCCUCGUACGCUUCUCCCACUCUUUAGGCACGGACAUUAAAUGGUAUGUCCCUCGGCCGCGACCAGGUGUCUUUCGGGUGACCAAGCACGAACACAAUAUCCUUCAAGGCAUCACACACCCAGACGAAUACCUGAGUGCAGAGGAUCGGAACUUAGUGACUGCCUGGAUCGAGGAGAACGCGAAGCGAUAUUGGACUGUACCGGGAGGUCCCCUAUGCGCACCGGCAGAAGGAGGAGCAGACGUAUUGAUCGUCGAUGAUCCUCAAAUGCCAGGUCUGAUACCAAUUGCCAAGCGCCUAGCCCCAGGACGACCGAUCAUUUUUCGAAGUCAUAUCCAGAUUCGGAGCGAUCUUGUUGACCAACCUGGGACAUCCCAGGCAGAAGCUUGGAAAUACCUUUGGGAUAACGCCAAGCGCGCCGAUUGUUUUAUCGCUCACCCCGUGAGUGCAUUCGUGCCUCGCGAUGUGCCUCCGGAGAUCGUUGGUUAUAUGCCCGCGGCGACUGAUUGGUUGGAUGGGUUGAACAAAACCAUGCGAGACUGGGAUAUUGCCCACUAUGGCCGGAUCUUUAACGCAGCCUGCAAGAAUGCGGAGAUGCCGACGAUUCAACAUCCGGACGAACAGUAUAUCGUGCAGAUUUCUCGCUUUGACCCGGCCAAAGGAAUCUUCGAUGUGUUGGACGCAUAUGAGAAGUUCCAUAAUCGGCUAGCUCAAGAACGGCCGAAAUUGAAACACCCAAAACUCCUGAUAUGCGGUCAUGGCUCAGUAGAUGACCCCGACGGAGCGGUCAUCUAUGAUCAAGUGAUUGAUCACAUCGAACGCCGGAUUCCGUACAUCCGCCACCUAAUCUGUGUCAUACGGCUGCGACCAUUGGAUCAGGUGUUGAACGCCCUGCUUUCGAAAGCUACCAUUGCAUUACAACUGUCGACUCGCGAAGGGUUCGAAGUCAAGGUUUCCGAGGCAAUUCAUAAAGGCGUACCUGUGAUUGCCACGCGUGCGGGUGGCAUUGCGCUCCAGAUCGAAAACGCAAAGAACGGAUUUCUGGUGGAUGUUGGGGAUACCGAUGCUGUCGCGCAGCAUAUAUUCGAUCUCUGGACGGACGAAGGCCUCCACCGCCGAAUGUCGGAGUAUGCGCUCAGCCAUGUCUGUGACGAGGUGAGCACGGUGGGCAACACCUUGAGCUGGCUCUAUCUUGCCUCCAAGUUCUCCAAAGAAGAGUCUGUGCAGCCCAAUGGGCAGUGGGUUAACAAUCUUGCGUUUGAGGAGUGCGGCGUCCCAGUUCCUCCCGAGAUGCCUCACCUGACUAGAGAAGUCGAGAUCGAAAAGAUCUGUUAG